UAAAAAUCACUUUAAGACGCUAUUAUUCCGGUCGUUAUCAUCAUUCACUCGCAUAUAUUACACAGAACAUUACAAAACAUGUCUCUGAUGCACAGUAGAAUUAUUUUAACACACAAGCGACGCGAUUGUUCGAAUUUUUCUCCGCGAAAUGAACGAAUUAGAAGUUGAAAUUUGUGUACCAUGGGGACAAGUAACUUGUAAAAUUAUGGCGGAAAAUAUGAUAAAAACAAAUGAUAUCAUAUUGUUCCUGCAUGAUUUACAUGACAACGCGGCGUCAUUCGAUCAAUUGAUUGAAAACUUCAAAGAAAAUCAUAUGUACCUUGCAAUUGAUCUACCAGGGCAUGGAAAAUCAUCAUCGGCAUAUCCACACGCAACUUAUCACUUCAUCGACUUUGUUUUAACAAUUAAAUACGUAAUUUAUAGACUUUUGCAUCAAUUCAGGCAAAACCAAAGUAUAAAACAAGUUGUUAUUGUUGCGCAUGGAAAAUCCGCACACACCGCGGCUGUUUUCACUCAAAUUUAUCCAAAACUAAUCUCUAAAUUAAUUCUCCUCGACGAUAUGUACAAUUAUGGCGUACCUGCAACUGAUUUUUCAAAAAUAUUCAAACAAAUCAACGAAAACUAUUUUGCAGUUGAAAAGAUAAAGAUGACAAAAAGUCCUGAAGAAUUCACGUUUGACGAUGUUCUAGAAAUAUAUAAAAACAAAUACAGCAAUGAUAAAAUUAAAUUUUACGAAAUGUUAGGUGAUAUUAGUGAAAUUGAAAGUGGCACGGCAAAAACAGUGCGCGCUAUCGCCAGAAGAAGCUGUAGACAAAUUGAUAACGGUAAAUAUUUGAUGCGGAAUGAUUUACAGUUGAAAAAUAUGUUGAUGCAUACUUCUGGCUUUGAUUACAUGAUUGAUUUCCUAAGAAAACAACCGAUUAUGUGCCCGACAGUCAUUUUAUGCACGCAGGCUAAAACAACCGAGCAUAAAACGUUCCUAAACACCUUGAAAAGCAAAAAUAGUCAUGUAAACAUCAUAAAAGUACCUUUUGACAACUACCACAUUAAAAAACCUCGCGAAACUGCUAAUAUUCUAGGUAAUUUCUUAAGUAUUAAUAAAAAUCAACCAUCAGAAAGUAAAUUAUAAAAAAACACGUAAAAUAUAAGAAUGUGAUGGUUUCGUAAAAUACUUUUGAAAUUUAUUAAUUUCUUUACACAAAUAAACUUUUUUGUUUUAACUUGAA